GUUUUAAUUAAAGGCUUCCUUCCUCACAAACAUUUCUUGCAGAAAUUCAACGUUCAGGUUGCGCAGUGUUGCCCAUCUACCUAAACUGCCUUAGGAGUGCUGCCGUCUUACCGUCCCCAAGCAACCGUCCAGCUGUUAUUCAUAUGGAUUAAUUACUUUGCUCGUGAAAGGCAGUACCUUUUAGCUAACCCCGAGAACCUAGCUAACUAAAGCCUUAAGGAAGCAUCGACUGUUGUGCUGCACGAUGGACACCGAACCCUGCGUAACUUGUAGAGGAUUUGACUUCGUGGAGUUUAAAUCCGAGGGAGAACUAGUCUGCAGGAACUGUGGAACGGUAAAGGAGUCCCGUCUUAUCGACGAGCGGUCUGAAUGGCGUACAUUCAGCGACAAGGAUAAAGACACCACGGACCCGAACCGUGUGGGUGGCCCCACGAACCACCUACUAGAAGGCUUGACCACUACCAUCGGCCGAGAGCGGAACGACGGCGGGCUGUCUCACGCGCUGAACCGCAUCCACACGCGCACCAACAACCCGGACCGCAUGCUCAACGCCGCCUUCAAGGAGGUGGCGCACCUGUGCGAGCUGCUCAAGUGCACGGGGCAGGUCAAGGACAGAGCCAACGAGAUUUACAAGGAGGUCGUGACGGCCAAGACGCUCAAGGGUCGGUCCGUCAAGGCGCUGGUUGCCUCCUGCGUGUUCUGGGCCAGUCGCACGGAGAAGCAGCCGCGCACCUUCAAAGACAUCGUGGGGGUGAUGGGCAACGACGUGAGCAAGAAGGAGAUCGGCAGGUGCUUCAAGGACCUGCAGCAGCUGAAGAAGGACGAGCUGCACAAGCAGGGGGCCUCCGCGGACGCCCUGGCCUCCACGCUCAACCAGACGGUGCAGCACCCCGCGGAGUUCGUGCGCAACUACUGCAACCAGCUGCGGCUGGAGUUCAAGCUGAAGCGCAACGCGGAGCUGAUCGCGCAGGCCGCCAAGCCGCAGGACCGGAGGGUGCCGUGGGACGGCCGCACGCCCACCUCCAUCGCAUCCGCCAUCGUCUUCAUCGCAAUCAUGCUGCACGAGAUCCGCAAGGAGUCCGAGGGCUCUGCCGGCGCCGCCUACAGCGGCCUUGCGGGCCUGAAGGCAAUCAAGGCGCUCAGCGACACCGUGAUGCAGCGAGUGGCGCUCAUCUCCUCCGUCGCGGAAGCCACCAUCCGAGCCGCCUACAAGGACCUCUACCCGCACAUCAUGCAGCUGCUGCCGCCGGAGCUAGCGCGGACGGAGGACGUGGCGCGGCUGCCCAACCCCGACUCGCGGAACACGGGCGGGGUGACCUACAUGUCUGCCGUACCGCCGCAGAUUAGCGCGGCGGCGGCGGCCAUUAGCGCUGCCGCCGCGGUGCAGCAUCAGCAGCAACAACAGCAGCAGCACGUGCAGCAGGUGUUGCAGCAGCAUGUUCAGCAGGUGCAGCAGCAGCAGUUGCAGGCGGCACUGCAGCAGCACCUGCAGCAGCAGCAGCAACUGCAGCAACAGCUACAGCAGCAGCAACAGCAGCAGCAAGUGAAGCAGUUGUGAGGGCUGGUUUGAGAUGGUGGUGGUGGUGACGUGUUGUGAAGGCUGAUGGGAAGUGUGCAUCGGGCAGCGCGAGGCCGCUGUUUGCAGUGGGUGCCGCAUGUGCACAGCGGCAACAAUAGGGUUGCACGGGGGUGCCAUGAGGGGCAGGUGUAGCAGCGGGGGGACAGUAGCGGGGUGCUCCCUCUUAUUGCCGCUGGGAGCCCGUACAGGGUAGGGGGCUGCACCAGAGGCCAUUACGUAGGGUUUCAUCUAUCACGGUUGCUGCUGCUGCAUUAGGGGUGGCUUUCUGGGUCCCCUGAGGUGUCCUUCGAUUGACAUGUCGUUGUGUGAAAGCAGCAGGUUUUGUGUUGGGGGGGGCGUGACAACAGCCUCGUUAAAAACCAAUUAAAAAACCCAUGAAGCGUAUAAAGUAUGGUAUGUUGUGCGUGUUGUACCGCAUCUAGUACUGUUUCCCUGAGCUCGUCCACGCUUUUUGCGUGUAAACGAGAACAGCACACAGCACUGGCGACCAGUGAUGGCCUGGACGUGACACCGGCCCCUGGCGUGAUUCUUUUUCUAUAUGAAGUGAUGUUUGGUUUGCGUUGCUUGGGCAGCAGGGUAUGCCAGCCUGCCUAGUCUUCCGAGGUGCUGACCGUGAGGUCCAAAAUGCGGUGUGGGGGUUCUGGGUGCUGUCGUUGUGUGCAUGGGAAUGCAACCGGAGACGGGCGAACGUCAUAGUAACACCUUAAUAUGGAGGGGUGCGGAUGAGAGCCUGCAAGGUGGAAACCCAGAGCGGUCUUUUCAGGUGUUGGCAAGCAGUGGGAGGUUCCCAACAUUUCCGUGUAUGUUGAGACAUUGAGAUACCCUCGCGUGGACCGAAGGAGCGGAGGGGAUGUGUCCGGGGGGUCCGACAUGAAGGGUCCUUGCAACUCCUCCUUAGGAACAACUACGAGUGUCUCCAUCCAGGUGCCUCUUGGGCAGUUCUCAGGUCGCACCUUCAAGAGUGCUUUAUAAAUUACUGGCCAC